AUGAUCAUAAAUAGGAUCACAGGAUUGGCCAUUUACAAGAUUCAGCAGAUUUACACGAUAAUUGGAAUCGUGGUUACAAAUGAUGGAAAUGCCAUUCUGCGUGAAUUAGAUAUCGCCCACCCUGCUGCAAAGUCAAUGAUUGAACUAAGCCGUACACAGGACGAAGAAGUAGGAGAUGGAACGACGUCUGUUAUCGUUCUUGCUGGUGAAAUGCUCCAUGUUGCAGAAGCAUUUAUUGACAAAAAUUAUCAUCCUACAGUUAUUUGCCGAGCCUACAGUAAAGCUCUAGAGGAUGCUAUCGCUGCGCUUGACAAAAUUGCUAUGCCCAUUGACGCGAAGGAUCGUGCGACAAUGUUGGAGCUGGUUAAGAGCUGUAUAGGCACAAAAUUCACAAGUCAAUUUGGAGAUCUGAUUGCUGAUCUAGCAAUUGAUGCCACCACAACAGUGGGAGUUGAUCUUGGCCAAGGGUUGCGGGAAGUAGACAUCAAGAAGUACAUUAAGGUCGAGAAGGUACCCGGUGGACAGUUGGAAGAUUCCAAAGUACUUAAAGGAGUAAUGUUUAACAAAGAUGUUGUUGCUCCUGGAAAGAUGAGAAGAAAGAUUGUUCACCCACGUAUCAUACUUCUUGAUUGUCCCCUUGAAUACAAAAAAGGUGAGAACCAAACAAAUGCUGAACUAGUCAGAGAAGAAGACUGGGAAGUCCUAUUGAAGAUGGAAGAAGAAUACAUUGAGAACCUCUGUGCACAGAUUAUUAAGUUCAAACCAGACUUGGUAAUCACGGAGAAAGGCCUUAGUGACUUGGCAUGUCAUUAUAUGAGUAAAGCCGGUAUUAGUGCUAUCAGGAGGUUGAGGAAGACGGAUAAUAACAGGAUAGCUAAGGCCUGUGGUGCGGUUAUUGUCAACAGACCAGAUGAAUUGCAAGAGUCUGAUGUUGGUACUGGAGCUGGGCUGUUUGAGGUUAAGAAGAUAGGAGAUGAGUUUUUCACUUUCAUUGUUGAUUGCAAAGAUCCUAAAGCUUGUACUGUACUACUUAGAGGUGCGAGUAAAAUCUCUCUACCUUCUUCCUCUUUGAUAGGGGUGUUCACGGAUCCCAAUCUGCAGAUUGAAGGCCAAUCCACAAUCCGAUCCAGAACUGCGGAUUGGAAGAAUUCUAAUCCAUGUCAAAUCCAAAACCUUUUCGGAUUGGAUUCACGGAUUCACAGAUUUCGACCUUCAAAAAUAUAA